AUUUGGGGACCAAAGCCUUUCAAAUUCUUCAAUGUUUGGUUAAAUACCCUGAGCUUCAGACAAAUGAUUGCGGCAAAAUGGGAAGAGCUAAAAGUUCAAGGACGAGGUGGUUUUAUUCUAAAAGAGAAACUGAAGAUGACAAAAGAGUUUCUCCGGGUGUGGUCGAAGUCUUCUUUGCUAGAGGUGGACAGGAAAAUAGAAGAGUCCAGGGGAGAAAUAAACAGAAUUGAUGGACUAGGGGAAACCAGCAGCUUAACAAAUGAAGACAUCAUACUCAGAAGCACUCAUCAUACAGAGCUACUAAAGAAUAUGCAACUGAAAGAUGAAAUGGCAAAACGGAAAGCAAGAAAAGCUUGGCUAAAAACAAGAGAUGCAAACUCCAGUUAUUUCCAUAAAUGCAUAAAGGGGAGAUGGCAUAGGAAUGAAAUCAAUGUAAUCUCCAUUGAAGGAAAGGAGUUGAAGCAAGUUGAGGACAUAAAGCAGGGAAUAAUGGAAUUCUUUGAGAAUUUAUUCACUGAUGAAGGAUGGCCAAGACCAAUUCUAGAGGGGUGGAAUUUCAAGAAUAUCUCAGCAGUAGACAGAAGCAUGCUCACUGAACCUUUCAUAGAAGAAGUUAAAGCAGCAGUGUGGAACUGUGAUAGCACUAAAGCACCGGGACCAGAUGGCUUUAAUUCUGGUUUCUUAAAAGCUGAAUGGGAGGUGAUUAAAGCAGACAUCAUGGAGUAUCUUAUGGACUUCCACAUAAAUGGAAGACUAGUAAGAGACUCUAAUGCUUCCUUUAUUGUUUUGAUACCGAAGAGGGAAAACCCCCAAGGUAUUGAGGAAUAUAGACCUAUCUCCUUAAUUGGUUGCACUUAUAAAAUCCUUGCCAAAUUGCUAGCAAAUAGACUUAGUAGGGUUUUGAAUAGUAUAAUUGGGGAGAAUCAAUCUGCAUUUAUUGAGGGUAGACAAUUAGUUGGAGUGGUGGUAGCGAACGAAGCAAUUGAUGGGGUGAGGAAAAGCAAAUCUCAGUGCUUCAUUUUCAAAAUUGAUUUCGAAAAGGCAUAUGAUAACGUGAGUUGGUCUUUUCUCGAUUACAUAAUGGAAAGAAUGGGUUUUAAUACAAUUUGGAGGGGGUGGAUCACAGAAUGCUUGAAAUCCAAUACUGUGUCUGUGCUAGUCAAAGGGUCAGCCACCAAACAAUUCUCAAUGUCAAGAGGGCUCUGACAAGGUGAUCCCUUAUCGCCAUUCCUUUUCUUAAUCGUGGCAGAGGCACUGAAUGGGUUGGUCUCAAUAGCUGUUUCAAAGGGGCUUCUUUAGGGAGUAAAGAUCGGUAAAUGGGAGUUGGAAAUCAGCCAUCUUCAAUUCGCAGAUGACACAUUAUUUAUGGGGGAGGCAAAUGAAAACAUCUGGACAGUGAAAUGCAUUAUGAGGGCUUUUGAAUUAGUGUCAGGCCUAAAGGUUAACUACAAGAAAAGCUCUUUUAUUGGGGUCAACACUGAUGAAGAUUGGACCACAAAAAUGGCAUAUAAGCUGAAUUGUAAACUUGAUUCCCUUCCAUGCAAAUAUUUGGGAAUGCAGCUGGGUGCAAAUCCGAGGAGGAUAGACACAUGGAAACCCCUGAUUGAAACUUUCAACAAAAAACUCAGGUUGGAAAGGACGAUUCCUGUCACUUGGCGGUAGGAUCACCCUCAUCAAUUCUAUGCUGUCAAGCUUACCAGUGUUUAUGAUGUCUGUUCAUCUGCUCCCUAAACAGGUAAUCUAUAAAAUUGAUAAAAUUAG